CCUAUGGGCCCGCCCCCGCCCCGCCCCCUCAGCCCCAGAGCUUUGGCCUCUGGGCGCGUCCCUUGCACCCGCCGCUACCGGACUACUUUCCCCGGGCCCAACAUGGCGCUGCUCUGCCGAGUUCUCUUUGCUCAGCACCGCAGCGCUCAGCGGUUUUUCAGUAAUGGAACACAAAUAUUACAUAAAAGCAUGGAGGCUUUCCAAUCUAAAUUCUUCCCACCCCUCCAAAAAGCAAUGCUCCCGCCGAAUUGUUUUCAAGGAAAAGUGGCAUUCAUUACUGGGGGUGGUACUGGCCUUGGUAAGGGAAUGACCACUCUUCUGUCCAGCCUAGGUGCUCAGUGUGUUAUAGCAAGCCGGAAGAUUGAUGUCUUGAAGGCUACCGCAGAAGAAAUUUCUUCUCAAACUGGGAACAAGGUCCAUGCAGUUCAGUGCGAUGUGAGGGAUCCUGAGAUGGUUCAAAAUGCUGUGUCAGAGUUGAUCAAAGUUGCAGGCUUACCUGAUGUUGUGAUAAACAAUGCAGCAGGGAAUUUUAUUUCUCCCACUGAAAGACUUUCUCCAAAUGGUUGGAAGACCAUAACUGACAUAGUUCUAAAUGGCACUGCCUUUGUGACACUAGCAAUUGGAAAACAACUAAUUAAAUCAGGAAAAGGAGCAGCAUUUCUUGCUAUUACAACUAUCUAUGCUGAGUCUGGGUCAGGCUUUGUAGUACCAAGUGCUUCUGCCAAAGCAGGAGUUGAAAUAAUGAAUAAGUCUCUCGCAGCUGAAUGGGGUAGGUAUGGAAUGCGAUUCAAUGUGAUUCAACCCGGGCCUAUAAAAACCAAAGGUGCUUUUAGCCGUCUUGACCCUACUGGAGCAUUUGAAAAAGAAAUGAUUGACAGAAUUCCAUGUGGUCGGCUAGGAACUGUGGAAGAACUUGCAAAUCUUGCUGCUUUCCUUUGUAGUGAUUAUGCAUCUUGGAUUAAUGGAGCAGUUAUUAGAUUUGAUGGUGGAGAGGAAGCACUUAUUUCAGGGGAAUUCAAUAGCCUGAGGAAGGUCACCCCGGAGGAAUGGGACACAAUAGAAGGACUCAUCAGGAAGACAAAAGGAUCCUAAGAGCAUGCUGACUUACCUUCAGAUUGGUUAUAAUGGAAAUGAUACACACGGACUAGAAUCUUCUGAAUAUAAUCAAGUCUAAUAAAUUCUUAAUUAACAAACA